AUGGAGGAAGAAUCAAAUAACGAAGCGCCUCAAUUCCAUGAUAUUCAAGUUACAACUUCUGAUAAAAAAUUCAAAACCACAAUCAAAGAUGUUCCAAUUGAUAUAAAAGUUAAAGAUUUUCUCGCUCUCUUAAAUAAAAUUCCAGAAUUAGAAGAAUAUGGUUAUACAUUUAAAAUAGUAAAUGAAAGUGGAUGCCUUCAAGAUGAUGAUACAAUCAAAGAUGAUGCAGUUUGCCUAGAAAAUGCAGAAAAAUUUUUAUCGCCGCAAGUAAAAAACCAUAAGAAGUUAGUAUAUGGUAUGUUUUGGGUAUUACAAGCAAUUCUUAUUGUAUCAAUUUACUAUAAGCAUGUAUUUAUUGGAAUUUCGAUUUAUGUUGUUGGAUCUAUCAUUCUAUGGCUCCUUAAACGCUUUAAUCCAGAAAAUGCAACAAUUACAGCUGAUGCAAUUGACGCAUUUAGACUUUUCUUUGAAUCUUUAUUACCAACUUUCCAAUUAGAGGAUGCUGCUAUAAAAAGAGAUUAG